AUGUGCCACAUUUCAUGUCUCUUCACACUGCUGUUGUGUUGAAUUAUUUUGACAUAGGGUGCUGGCAGAUUUCGGGCCUCCCAUAGCUGCUGCCAGGCCCUAAUCUGCCAUUGGGCCCCUAUACCGCCUCCUCAUGCUGCUGCCAAGUCCAGAGUCUCUCAUGGGUCCCUGUACGGCCUCCCAUUGCUGCUGUUUCCAUCGCCACACUCUGCCAUGUGCCACAUUCAGGUCUCCUCACACUCCUGCUGGUUUCCAUUUUGUCAUAGGUUGCUGUAUGGCCUCCCAUUGCUGCUGCCUCCACCGCCACAACUGUGGCUCCAAACACUGGUUUUGGCCCCGUGACUGGCCAAAUGAGUGAAGUGUGCGGUGAUUCUAAGAUCGACGGCACUCAUCUGCAUGUCAUACUGACUGACAGUAUUAUUUCUCUUCCCCAGCAGACUCCAAGGGCAUUUUUAAUUAAAGGUACAGUGUUCUGCACUAAUAUUA